CGACCUCAAUUCAGCUUCACUUUUGAAACCCAAACCAAACUAUACUCAAUGUUUGAAACUCCCGUCUAGAUAGAAAAAGUGAAGAUGAUGACAGAUAGAGAAAGUGGAUUUGUUAUGUUGACUCAGAACCUCUGCUUUGCCGGCAAAGGCCGUCUCUAUAAUUUAUAAUAAAUUUCUAUUUGUCUGUGUUAAUUGCAAGUGUAAUUAUGUUUACGCGUUCAACAGUCCCAAUCCCAAACCCCUCCUCCUCUCUUUCUUGCUGAUUAAGUCUUCCUUUCUCAAUCAUUUUUAACUUUUCAUUAUAGUUUAAUCAUUUUUUUCUUGUUUUUGUAGUCAUUUUUUGCUAUAUGGUUUCUCAAAUGUCCUUUGAAGAUUGGUCUUUGAGUUGAUUCUUGUUUAUGGAGAUUCAAAAGGGUGGAGUUUUAGCAAGUUUAGGACUGGGUUUAGUUUGUUUGUCAAGGAGAAAGUGUUGAUUUUUUCUGGGUUUAUUUCUAACUUCUUUGUUUGGAACCAUGGGUGGUUUGUGUUCUAAGCCUACACCUGUUGAAGACAGCCGCGAGAGUCCAAGAGAGAGACUUCAUCAAAAAGGGUCAUUGAAUAAGCAUGUGAGUUCAUCCAGAAGGGAGGAGAUUGUUGGAUCAAAAGAUAGACUUGAGAAUAAUGAUGUCAAGGUUAUGUUGAUUGACAAGAAAGUCAAUGGUUCCAACCGCUAUUACGAUAAUCAUGGGAUUGAGACGAUAAAUAUUGAUGAUCAAAUAGAGAGAAAAAAGAUGAUUCAGGAACAAAUUGAGAGAAAAAAGAUGAUUGAUGAUCAAAUUGAGAAGAAGAGGAUUGAAAAUUGUCAAGUGACUGUAAUUAAUCAUCCUAGCAUGGGGAGAUUGCCUAAAGCAGCAGAAGCAGAAGAGUUGGCGGCAGGGUGGCCGUCUUGGCUUGCUGCGGCGGCUGGUGAUGCCAUCAAGGGAUGGAUACCACGACGUGCAAAUACGUUUGAGAAAUUGGAUAAGAUUGGCCAAGGAACUUACAGUAGUGUUUACAGGGCUCGGGAUGUCAUUCAUGAUAAAAUUGUUGCUUUGAAAAAAGUACGGUUUGAUAAAAAUGAUCCUGAGAGUGUCAAGUUUAUGGCUAGGGAAAUUGCUAUUCUUCGCAAACUUGAUCAUCCAAAUAUAAUUAAAUUGGAAGGCUUGAUCACAUCCCAGACAGCUUGCAGCUUGUACCUUGUUUUUGAGUAUAUGGAACAUGAUCUCAUGGGACUCGCAUCACUUCCUGGCAUGAAGUUCACAGAGCCUCAGGUUAAAUGCUACAUGAAGCAACUGCUAAGUGGACUUGAACACUGUCACAGCCAUGGUGUUUUGCAUCGUGACAUAAAGGGUUCAAAUCUUCUUAUUGACAAUAAUGGUGUCUUAAAGAUUGCGGAUUUUGGCUUAGCAACUUUUUUCAAUCCCAAGGAUAGCAGUCCAAUGACCAGCCGCGUGGUGACUCUUUGGUAUCGGCCACCUGAGCUUUUGCUUGGAGCCUCCCAUUAUGGAGUUGCAGUAGACUUAUGGAGUGCUGGUUGCAUUCUUGGGGAAUUAUUCACCAGGAAGCCUAUACUACCUGGGAAAACAGAGGUUGAGCAGUUGCAUAGGAUCUUUAAACUAUGUGGAUCACCAUCGGAAGAUUAUUGGAGAAAAUCAAAAUUACCUUAUUCAACAGUGUUCAAGCCUGUACAACCUUAUAGAAAGCGUGUUGCAGAAACAUUUAAAGACUUUCCUGCAACUGCUUUGGGGCUUAUGGAGACAUUACUGUCCGUAGAUCCUGCUCUUAGAGGAACUGCAGCUUUUGCUCUUAACAAUGAGUUCUUUACAACACAACCCUUUGCUUGUGAUCCUUCAAGAUUGCCCAAAUAUCCUCCCAGUAAAGAGAUUGAUGCCAAAUUGAGGGAUGAAGAACUUAGAAGGCAAGUAGCAGCGGGAGGCAGGGGCCAUAAGAUUGACCUCGAAAGUAGCAGAUCAAAAGAAUCUUGGGCUGGUCCAGCGGCUACUUCCAAUGCUGAGGUAGCCUUAAUGACGCAGAGAGGACUUCAUUCCAGUACAAAGGGCAGAAAUGAGAUGUUCAUGUCUCGUAAGGAGGCUGCUUUUGCUGCCAAUAAACAAACUCAAGGUUUACAAGAACCGAGUACUGAUUUCUAUGGGCAUCAACGGAAGAAAGUUUCGCAUUCAGGGCCAUUGGGUCAUGGGGCUGCCUGGGAAAAAGUUGGAAAAAGACCUGAUAUUCCUCCAACAGUUUCAACCAGAUCCAACUUAUCGACACUAUCUGGUCUCGUAGCAACCAGAACCGGAUCAACUGAAGAUUUUCGAGAAAAUUCUGGUUGUUCACAGCAAGGAGCAGUAAGACCAGUAGGGAGGUCUCAAGGAUCAUUUAGGGAGUUGUCUACAGGAAAGCAGGACUGUAGGCAGAGCAUUCGAAAGGUUGGAGAAUCUCCUCAGGGCGGGGUUGGAAACGGCAUUGUUAAGGAAGCAAGUCUGCAUGGUCGUGGACCCAGGGGAAACAAGAUUUAUGUUUCUGGACCAUUACUUCCAUCACACAAUGUUGAUCAAUUGCUUAAAGAGCACGAUCAAAAGAUCCAAGAAUUUGCUCGACGAGCACGACUUGAGAAGAAGACAAAACCUCCAAAAACACAUGCUCAGGGAAUUCAACCACCAGACAACUCAACUUUCGUCUCAAUGACCAGAACUUGAUAGAUGUCUAGUAAAAUCUACAAUCCUCUCUAGUGGCAGAACAAGAAUAGUCAGCUAUGCCCAGAGAGCUAAUUAACUUGGAAUGCUUUUAUGUACAGUACCUUUACCCCCACCCCCAUUUCUCCCCAUGUUUUCUGUAUCUGGUAAAGAGGUAUUAGUGUCUUUGUAGGAAAAAGUUUCUGCAAUUCAAAAUUUCACAUUCUAGUACCAAAAGUAGAAUGAAAUGUAUCCAAAUUUUUUUACAACCUAUAAUAAGAGUCCUAGUUUACAA